AUGUCCCCAAAGACAUUUAUCAAGGACCUCCGCCGUAUUUCGCGAACAAGCUUCCACAAGGGAGCCGCCCGGAGAGCAAAGGAUGACUCCACCUCCUCCGACGUGGACGGCGACGGCCGCACCACGAACGGCACCUCGACCCUGACCCUCGACAAUUGCUCUUCCAGCAGCUCCCAUACCACUCCGCCCCCGUCCUUGCCGACCCUGUCAUCCUCGUAUCUGCCGUACUUGUGCAAAGCAGAAACGUCCAAUCACCUGGGACCGCUCCCGCAGAGACCGGUUCCCAUCAGCUCUCCAUCGAGCCGGAGCAGUGGCGCAGUCAAUCAUAAAGUUAUCUUGAUCUAUGGUCAGAUAGGUGAUGCCCGAAACCCACCCGUGGAUGGCUCCGUUACCCUGAACCACCUAAACGACUCGUUCCCUUCCACAACUUGGCCUGUCCGCGAAUCCCAUUUCAAGGCACUGUUGCACCUGGUUCCGGGCCCAAACAAAGUUAGAUUAGACUUCCUGUCUAAAAAAGUCGCCAAUGCCACUGCACACCAGUCAGUCAUCAGUGUGAACUACUUGCCUAUGAUCAAUUGCCCGCCACUCCACCUCGUGAUCCUCCUUGCCAAGGACUCCCACGGUCAGUUUGAUACCGCUGAAAGCGCUUCGAAAAAAGAUAAUAGCCUAGAUGUCGCCGUUCGCAAAUUCCGCAUGGCUGCGUAUCUGUGGCAAGCGUUUACGCAAGAGCAAAUGUAUCGCAACAACUUUGCAAGGCGUUCAUUUCGGUUCGAAGAAGAGUGGCAGACCGGCACAAUUAGCUCCAAGGAUGCUGUCUCUCAUCAAAUGAGGAAUGAGGCCAAAAUCCACGUCAUUCGCUGCGAUAAAACGGUUGCGGAGCUGACAGAGCUGAGCCUUGGACGCGGUCACGCGCCAGGCCGUAACAAUGAGUUGUUUGAAAUUGUAAAAGCAGCCCUCGAUCAACGUUUUAUGCCACCGCCUGGCCAAAAGUCUUAUGUCACUGCAUUGAUUCUCGAUAACCAUUUCGACAGCAAGCUUCAAUCGGCCACUGGCCAUGCAAGAGUUGGAACCGCAGACAAUGGUCUCGAGUUAGCGGUUUUCGGCUCCCGUGGCCUACAAAGCUAUCCAUCUUGUAUUGAGGAAGUGGUUUCGGCAUUUACAGACUGCGCUCGACCCGAUACCGGUCCGCUAGCGAAUGGAAAUAAUGAAUGCGGCAGUAACUGGGAGAUGGCGACCGCUAGCCUCGGUGCGCAUCUUCGUGAAAUAGGUCGCGUGUUCGGUUGCUCUGAAAGAGAGAGUGGCAUAAUGAGCCAUGACUACCUCCGGUUCAAUAGAUCAUUUACGAGCUGGGAGCCGUACUGCACCAGGACCAAGGAACAGGGUUUACGUCUUUGUUUGGCCCAGGAUGAAACUAGCUGGCAUCGGCUGGAUGCGUUGCGUUUCCGUCUGCACCCUUGCUUCCGCCAUCCCAGUGACCCCCCUCCGUCUUCCAACGGCUCCAUCCACGUUUGGGCAGUCGACAGCAGCAAGAUCCUCCUAACGUCUAUGUCUGGGGUCGCGUUUAUCGAGAUUUAUACCGACGAAGACGACAUCUGCAUAGCAUAUUUUGACUAUAUGAAUGGCGAGUUGGGGAAUAGUAACAACGGACUCUCUAAGCAGGUCACCGUCACAGAAGACGAAAUUCGCGCUCGACUCCCUGAGAAUCGCAAAAAGGCAAGGAAGCUGAAACUUGUGAUCGUUUCUGGCUCACUGUGCAGUCACACUGUGGAAGACGUUUCUCUUCUCAAAGCCAAGGGUUCAAUAAUCAAACUCCCCAAUGGCCAGGCCGGGUAUCGGAGCAAUAACCUUGGUUUUGCGGCAUCUCUAGAGGCUCCACCCCAGGAUCUGAUCCUAGACUCUGCUGUUAUCCAGACCAAGUUGCUUACCUCGAUCAAAGUCCACCACAGUCCAUCUGCCGUUAAUGGCAUCGAGUUUUGUUAUGAAGACGCGACGUCUCAGUUUUUUGGAAGCCAACCGUCUCAACCUGCAAUUAUCAGUGAGCAUAUACUUGAUACGCGAAGGGGAGAGCUCUUAACAGGGUUUUACAUUCGAGCGGCGCACAAGGUUGAAGGACUUGGGAUUAUUACUAGCAUGGGGAAAAUAAACGGCGUUUAUGGCGACGCAACUGCAGGAGUUGGGUACGUUUUGUUAUCUUCAUCCUCCCUUGCGUCAAGAUGA